GGGACGUCCAGAUUUCCAUACACGGGAUAUAGAGUUUAACCAAUCAGAGUAGCGGUGCCCGGUUGGCCCUAACAGCACAGGGGAUUUGAGGCUGUCAUAUUUGUAUUGUCUGGAAUUCGCCGCAAGGUCACAAUGACUACCCUCGAUGAUAAGCUCCUCGGGGAAAAAAAUCAGUACUACUACAGCAGUAGCAGUGAUGACGAGGACAGCGAGCCAGGUCCCAAGACAAUCCAAGGUGCUUCUGCGGAACUAGAUAUGGCCAAAGAUGGAAGUGCAGUGAACACAGGUCCAAAAGGCGUUCUCAAUGACUGGCGACGCUACAAACAGUUAGAGACUGAACAAAAUGAGGAACAGCGCAGAGAAAUGGAACAGCUCAUCAAAAAUCUGUCAAUGACGUGUAAAUCUCAUCUCGAUGAGGAGAGAGACAAACAGAAACAGAAAGAACUCGAGGAGACACUGAAUGGAAAGAUGACCAUGCAGGAAUACAACAUGCUGAACAACGAGGAGGACGAGGAAUUUUUACAACAAUACAGGAAGCAGCGAAUCGAGGAGAUGAGGCGGCAGCUGUGCCACGCACAAAUAUUCAAGAAGGUGUUUGACAUUUCCAGCGCAGAGGAGUUUUUGGACACCGUAGAUAAAGAGCACAAGAACACUGUGGUUAUCAUACUUAUUUACGAGGACGAAGUGCCUGGCUCAGAUGCAGCAAAUGGCAGCAUUCUGUGUCUCGCAUUAGAGUAUCCCGGAGUCAAGUUCUGUCGAGUGAAAUGUUCCCUUUUAGGAACCAGCAUAAAGUUCACUAAGAAUGCUUUGCCCGCGUUACUGGUAUAUAAGGGCGGAGAGCUCAUUGGAAACUUUGUGAGGAUAAUCGACCAGCUUGGAGAGGAUUUCUUUGCUGUAGACCUGGAAUCCUUUUUGCACGAGUGUAGCUUAUUACCAGAAAAAGAUCUUGUUCGUCCUAAUAUGUGCAACCCGUCCCUUCAAUGUUACAGUGAUGACAGUGACUUGGAAAUAGACUAAGGCUAAUGGUUAAACAAGCUGAAAACGUGUGCUAGACUAGACACUAGGUUUAUUUAUUCUUUUUUAUACGUAGGAACUUUUUACCCUGAAGUUUUCUUUUAUAAAUCUAAAACUUCAUAUGCUAUGAUGAUCUGAAGUGUACAAAGGGCAGCGCCCUUUUCCAGUCCAGCAGUUGCAGUUUGGUUUACUCCUGAUUUGCUGGACAAAAUGAAACGCUUCUUUCUAAUAACAGUGAGAGUCCACAAAUUCAUUCAUUUACCUAUGGCUGUCUCAUGAACCGAUUCUCCUGGGCAGAUGUUUCUUAUGUCCUUCCUAGGAAAUAACAGGUAUGAGCCUGACGGGCUGGGGAGCUAUUUGGGGUUCUCUGAGGGCUCAGGUGAUCUGGUGCUCAGAAGACUCCCUAUCAACAUUCUGGAGCUGAGGGCCAUCUCCAAUGCGCUACAAGCAUGGUCUUGGGUACAUUCUAUCCGUUUAUUCGAGACAGCCAUAGGUAAAUAAAUUAAUUUGUGGACUCUCACUGACAAAGAAAAUGUAUCAAGUAAGCAUAAAUUAUGUUUUUUUCAGUUACUCGAGGCUGGGGCUAUAUGCUGGCUCUGGUGCAUCAACAAACUUAAGGUCUUGUGUAUUAGACCAUUUUGUCUGUUUGCAUAGCCUUUAAUAGCUUGUAGUUGGUUUUGAAUCAAACAAUCUACAGUAUCAUUUACUGAGCUAACUUUGUUUAUUCAGAAACACUUAAAGGGACAUUUAAAGAUUUUGUUUUUUCUUUAUAUGCACAAUGAAAUGGACACUAAAGUUAUUUCUUAUUAGUGACUUAGAAAUUAUUCAUUGCAUUGCAACAAAUCUUAUAAAGAAUUACAUUUUUUAAAAGCAUUUAGAAUUGUCAUUUUGUGUAUUGUUUUGCUGUCACAUGACACACCCUAGAAUACUGAUAAUUGUACUUUGGUUACUGUGGCCAAUUAGGGACAGGUAUAAAUGAUACCCUGCACAUAUUAGCCUGGGGUCUGGACGACACUACAAUUUGAGUCAAAUUACAGGAAACUCAGAAAAUAAAUAAUGAAAUUGCAUUUUUUUUAUUUAUGCAUUAUUUCAUAUUUUAUGGGGGAUGACAUUGUAGGCGGACAAGGUAUCAAGUAGAAUCUGUCCAUCUGAAAUUGCUACUUGCAAUUUAGUUUUCCCUCUUAGGCCAGUUUUGUUAAUGUGAACUACCAGCAGUGGAACAGUUAAUAAGGGAACCACACCUUGCAGUCUGCAUUGUGUAGUGUUUUUUUAUUGCUCUAAUUAGCGUAUUCACUGCUGUGCGUCUCACAAAACUGGCUUUAGAGAGAACACUCCUUGCAAUGCGUUGCAAAAUUUAAAGGGACAUGAACCCCCAAUAUUUUCUAUCAUGCUUUAGAUAUAGCAUACCAUUUUAAGCAUUUUUUUAAUUUAUUGCUAUUAUCAACUUAGCUUCAUUCUUUUCGUAUCCUUUUAAAAAAAGCAUAUCUAGGUAUGCACAGGAGCAAUGCGCUACCUGGAGCUGUCUGCUGAUUGGACGCUGCACAUAUAUGCCUGUAGUCAUUGGCUCACCUGAUGUGUUCAGCUAGCCCCCAGUAGUGCAUUGCUGCUCCAUUAACAAAGGAUACCAAAAGAAUGAAGCAAAUUUGAUUAAAGCACUAAAUUGAAAAUACGCUUAAAAUGGCGUGCUAUAUUUAAAUUAUGAAAGAAAAUGUUUGGAUUUUAUGUCCCUUUAACAUUGCACAAGAGCUUUCUUCUACAAUGCUGCCCCUGAUCUUGGGCACCAAUAUUGUGAGAGCAGGGCAUGUCAAUCACUCUGAACAAGCAAGUAUCAGGUGAUUUGUCUUGCUACCUCUGAGGUGGCUGAGAGAGUUUCAGCUUCUUAAAUUUGUAGUUGUAGGUUUUGCUCGUGUGAGUGCACUGCAAAGCAGCAAAUGCGUCUUAAUAAAUCUGCUUAAUGGGACACUCAAGUGAAAAUUAAACUUUCAUGAUUUAGAGCAGUAAUUUAAACAACUUUCCAAUUUACUUCCAUUUACAAAAUGUGCUCAGUCCUUUUAUAUUUACACUUGAGUCACCAACUCGUGCAUUUGUGAUUGGCUGAUGGCUAGCACAUGGUACAUAUAUGCAUUUGUGAUUGGCUGAUGGCUAGCACAUGGUACAUAUAUGCAUUUGUGAUUGGCUGAUGGCUAGCACAUGGUACAUAUAUGCAUUUGUGAUUGGCUGAUGGCUAGCACAUGGUACAUAUAUGCAUUUGUGAUUGGCUGAUGGCUAGCACAUGGUACAUAUAUGCAUUUGUGAUUGGUUCAUGGCUAGCACAUGGUACAUAUAUGCAUUUGUGAUUGGUUCAUGGCUGUCGCAUGAUACUGGAAGGGUAGAAAUAAACUUUAAAAUGUGUCAGAAACAAAUCUACUACUUAUAUGAAGCUCAGACUAAGUGCUAUUGCAUUUGUUUAUUAUGCAAUUCUACUGCAUAUACUGGUCUAUAAAAAGCUGUCCCAGAAUAUACCCCUUAAACAUUGUGUAUCGCAUGUCCUGCUGUGUGCAGUUUGGAAGGAUAUAACUGAGCUCCUGUAAACUUAAAGCAAUCGCUAUGUAGCAGCGGGAGAUUCCUACAAGUGUGUUGUUUUCUGUCUCUAAAUAAAUGUGAUGGGAAUUUAAAAGGACUUUCCGGUCUAAAUGUAAAUGCACAUAGAGGAAUUACAUCUCUGAAUAGAAACUUAUUUACAAUAUUUAUGUAUUAGCAAAAUGCUUCUAGUAAACGUUAUCACUGUUUUAGUGUUAGCAUGUUUCUCUGCACGUACAUGGGCAGCAUAGCUAGAUAUUCUCAGUGCACCAGCAUUUUAUCUACUGCAGCUACUCAGAGUGCCAGUGGGGCUUGUAAUCAUGUCCGCAAUUAACACAUUGAGUCAUUACCAGAUGGUGAAAGUGCUGUUAAAUGCUGGUGCACGGGGCAUACUUAAAGGGACACUGAACCCAAAUGUUUUCUUUCAUGAUUCAGAUAGAGCAUGAAAUUGUAAGCAACUUUCUAAUUUACUCCUAUUAUCAAUUUUUCUUCGUUCUCUUGCUAUCUUUAUUUUAAAAGCAGGAAUGUAAAUCUUAGCAGCCAUUUUAGGUUCAGCAACAUGGAUAGCGCUUGCUUGUUGGAGGCUGACAUUUACCCACCAAUAAGCAAGCAUAACCCAGGUUCUCAACCAAAAAUAGCCUGCAUUUUAAAUAAAGAUAGCAAGAGAACGAAGAAAAAUUGAUAAUAGGAGUAAAUUAGAAAGUUGCUUAAAAUUGCUGCUGUAUCUGAAUCAUGAAAGAGAGAAAAAUUGGGUUUAGUGUCCCUUUUAAAUACACCUUUGAAACGGCUAUAGCUUUUAUUAGAAGCAUUUUUGCUAACACGUGUAUGGUACAAAACUGCUUCUAUUUAAAACUGAAAUGCUUCCAUGUGCAUUCCAAUUUUGUCUGGAAUGUCCCUUUUAAUGCUGAGAUAUGUUCCUUUUAUGGUGUAUAAGGAGAUAUUUCAUUAUGUAUUUUGUCUCCUUUACUGUCGUUUUAAGAUUUAGUUUUACAAGUCUGAGCAUAGAGAGUGCAUUUGUCAGGCUUCAUAAGCCCAACCCUGCUACAUAUAAGUCCUGGCCUCAGCAGAGGUGAUCAGAUAAAGAGCAAUGGAACAUUUGCUAACAUAAUGUCUGUGGCUAGCUGUCUACUACAGUAACAAGUCCAGGUUGGCUCCUCCAAAUAAGUCAGUUGCUGGGGGUAGUUUUGCUAUUGAAAAACAAUUGCAGCAAACAAGUUGAUAUUCUCAGUUUUCUUUGUUGAAAAAUAAACCUAGGUAGGUAGCUUGUAUGUGUCUUUAGCAGUAUGUGCCAUAGUGUAUGACAUUGAUAUAAACAUUGUUGUAAACACUGUUGUCCGAUGUCUAAAGACAAGUGCAAAAGCAGCUUUGGGGCUCCAACGCUAGUGAUUGUAAAGUUCAAUGAGUAAGUGCCGGUAUCUAAAAAUACUCUUAAACAGGGGCACUUUCAUUCAUUAAACUUUACAUUGAAGCUUCUUUUUUAAAAUACUUAACCUUUCUUUAUGGAAAACAGAUCAGCGAUCCUCCGCCCACAUCUCCUGCUGUAGUUACCAGAUCGAUGACGAAUCUGGCUUCCUCCAAUCGUUGCGUGCCCCCUUUGGCAUCCAGCUCAUAAAGGUAAGUAUUUUAAAAAUGAAGCUUCAAUGUAAAGUUUAAUAAAUGAAAGUGCCCCUGUUUGUAAGAGUAUUUUUAGAUACCUGGCAGGUCCGGCAGACGUUCCCAGUAGUCUGUUCUGUGUUUUCCCAGAUAAGGAUACAGCCCUUGAUUGGGGGGAUACUUACAUAUACUUCUCCAGAUUGUAUCACUGACAAUUAUUCUUCUCUAAAUUGAACAAAGUACUGCGUCCUUGGCUCCUAGAUGUUUACUGAACAUCUUUUAAUAAAUCAUUCACAACAUGCCUAUGGGUUGUCUCACUCAGCUGAAGCCUCCCGGAAAUGUUAGGAGCAAUGCGUCAAGGGAAAAAGUGUGUUUUAGCUCCUCUCCUCUCUCCUUCAAAGGGGCAGUGCCAGGGUUUCCAUGCACCCUAGUGUCCAUGAUGAUCGGCCCUGAUUUAGGGGUUAAACAUAGCAAAAAUAGGUUGUUGCUUUUUUUAAAAUAAAAUAAAAAAUCACUGAUGAAUGUGGAAUAUUUGCCAGUCCCUACUACUAACCGAAGUGGCAUAUGUAUCCCGCUCUAUCCAGGUAAAGUAGGGCUGUGUCCGUUGUUUGGCUAUAAAAAUGGUUUGAUAAGUGACAUUUAGUGUUUGGUAAAAUACAGAUGAUUUGAUGUUCUCAUUAAUUACAACCUAUUAUGUUUUCAGGGAGCAGCAUAAUAUAUGUAACUUUGUACUAUAAAUUAUUUAAAAUCUUUAGUUUGAUCAAAAAUAAACACAAUAAACCUA